AUGGCAACUAGUAUGAGUAUGGCUAAUAUACAGUCUACUCCAGCUACUUCAUCAUCACUGCGGCGAAAAUCUGUAUUUACAGAAAAAACAGUCCUUACUUCUGCUUUAUCAGAAAAUGAUGAUGAAGCAGAACGUUUGGCUCGUCGCCGUGAAAUUAAUGUAGAAAGUAAAAGCACUACACCAUUAUCUGGUCUAAGUUUGAAUGAUAGAAGACGUUCUUUGGGGAUUAGUUUUCUAAUGCAGAUGCCACCUUCUCAAAUGACAGAACGUAUAUCACAAUGUAUAAAGCUUGGUACAGAGAAUAAAAUUAAUCCAAAAAAUGCAUUCAGUUUAGAAAUGAUUGACUUUAUGAUAUACAUGAUCAAGAAAAAGGAUGCCAACAUGUGUAAUUUACAAGUAGCUAGUACAUCUUUAGAUGUAAGCACUAAAAUUUAUGGAUUUCGUGUUGAUGGUAUACAUAUGGAAGUAUUGAAAAUGAUGGGUGGAAUAGAUAAGCAAGACAAUGGUGGUGGAAACAAGAAUAAUUUUGAGGAUAUAAAUUCUCAGAAAGAUACAGAAGAUAAUCAAAAUAAAGAAAAACGAGAAAAGAAAAAGAAAAAAAAAUGUAAGCAAGUAUUUACUACUGUGGAAGCUUUAAAAAUAAAUGUUGAAACUGAGAAACCAUCUUUAAUAACUAUGGAGGCAGACUCACUGACCACAAAUAUGUUAUAUCAAGUGAUGUUACCCAACCAUGCAAAUUCUAAAUUUUAUCCACAUUCUUAUAAUGAUAUUUUGGUAGACACAGUAAAUGGCAAAGACUCACAAGAUAAUGAUACAACAUGUAGAAUUCCAAAUAUAGAAGACUUUUCACACAUGGAAAUUUGUCCACCUUUAUUUUACUUUGACUUUCAAAGUUGGAAUGCAGAUGAUGAACUAAAUGAAGUUCAAUCAGAAAAAAAUAAUGAAAACAGAUUUGAAUUUGAUCUUAAUGCAAGUUUACCACAUGAGGAUGAACAUGUAUUUAGCAGCAUAAAUUAUUUUGAUAUUGAAGGGACAGAAGAGGAAGAUGUAGAUAAAUGUGCUGAAUAUUUUCAAGUAGAAAAUAUUGUGGAUUUUCGUAAAGUUUUAACUAAAACCUCACCGCCAAAAGUUUCGGAAUACUCAUUUAUCCAAAAAAAUUUUAAUAUACAUUGGGCAGGUCCAUCGCAUUGGAAAGUAAGUAAUUUCAGGAAAGCUUUAUCUAAUAGUAAGGUGAUUGAAACAUGUCGACAAGCACCAAUGAGAAAGAGAAAAGAAAUAGAGCUGUGUUAUAAUGAUGAAACAAUCAAAAGUGUAAAUAGUAAAUUUUUACCAAGUCAGAUGGUUAAAUUGCACAAUAAAACUGUUAAAAACGAAUGGAAGGAAGAAGGAUUAGUAUUACCUCCAGAUGAGCAUUAUGAUAUCAUACAAGCUAAUAAAUUAUAUCAUCAUACUACAACAUUUAAACAUCUAGAAAAUACAGAUAAUAUGAAUGCUACUUCCUUAUCUAAUGAAAUGGAAGAUUAUAAUUAUGAAAAUGAAAUACCAAACUGUGUUCCCAAUAAACAUGGAGAAAAUGAAACAAAUGACGUGAUUGACAAUGGUAUCAUAUCUGAAAAUGGACAUAUGUUAGGAACACAAAUAGCUUUUACUGGAAAUAAUCUAGUUACCAUACCAAAAUUUACAAAUAAAUUAACCAUUGCAUACUCUGUACAUGCAAAAAAAAUUGACAUGAAACAAUUAAAACACUCUAUUUGGAAAUGCUUGAAGGGUACAAAACAUAAAACUGUACAAGAAACAGCAACAGCAGAAGCAAUGCAACAAGAUGAAAAUCUCAAAAUGAAUGAUAGUAAACACUUCAGUGAUAUUUAUAAAGAGUUACCAAAUGUACUAACAAAAACUAAUAUGGAAGCUUUAAGCUUUCCAAUUGCUUUUGUAUCACUAUUACAUUUGGCAAAUGAAAAAACAUUAAGAAUAAGUUCCUCUUCUGAUAUGGCAGAUCUGAUCAUAGAGCAAAACUAA